UGCAAACAAACCUCCCUGCCGCUCGCAACUCCCCCGCUAGACGCAACCUCUUGAGCAGAAUCUUUUGACCCCGCCUGAUACGCACAUACACACCUCUCUCAACAACAUCUCGACGUACCCACACAUCACAAACGGUAAAAUAAAAUAAAAACAAAGAAGAAAUGGCCACCACAGCACCACCCACGCGACCGGCGGUCAACUUCAUCACGGGCAACAAGAACAAGCUCGCCGAGGUGCAAGCCAUCCUCGCCUCCACCAUCGACGUGCAGAGCCAGAAGCUGGACCUGAUCGAGGUCCAGGGCACGCUGGAGGAGGUGACUCUCGACAAAUGCAGGAGGGCGGCCGAGCAGAUCCAAGGCCCCGUCCUCGUCGAAGACACAUGCCUCUGCUUCAACGCGCUCAAGGGCCUUCCCGGCCCAUACAUCAAGUGGUUUAUGGAGUCCAUCGGCCACGAGGGCCUCAACAACCUGCUCGCCGCCUACGAGGACAAGUCGGCCCGCGCCGUCUGCACCUUUGGCUACUCGGCCGGCCCAGGCUCCGAGCCCAUCCUGUUCCAGGGCGUCACCGAGGGCAAGAUUGUUCCGGCCCGUGGGCCUGCUAAUUUUGGAUGGGAUGCCGUAUUCGAAUACGAGGGCAAGACCUACGCCGAGAUGGACAAGGCAGCAAAGAACAAAAUCUCGCACCGCUUCAAGGCGCUCGAGAAGCUCCAGUCAUGGUUCGCCGAGAAGAACAACACGGCCUCCUUGUCAUAGACCGUAUGCACAGACAGGCGCAUAGAAUCCUCACGGUAAAGAGAACAAGAAAAAACCAAGGUUAUGCUAUCAAGUACGAACCAGGAGAUCUCUACAUAAACAAACAAAAGAUGCACGUCGACUUGUCUCUAGUUAUGUUUCGUUCCGCCUCAGCUCCAAAAGAAAGUCUACGGAGAAAAUUAAGAAGACCUAGGCCCUCCCCA